AUGCACUUCCAGCAGUUCUGGGUGUGGUUUGGUGAAAAAGGGUUAUUUUCAGUAACAACUUUGAAAGAUUUCUACGAAUUGCAAGACAGAUGGAAAGACAGGGAAGUGCUGCAACAGUUUGUUGACGAGCAUUUCGAUCCCCCGGGAUUCGAACUGAUCGAGUGGUAUCCCGAGGACUGGGCAGCAUUCCCGUCAAGCUUCCUCAAAAUUGAGGAUUAUCACUUGAGAAGAUGGGCGCUGCACUUGCACAGAAUAUGGAGGGAUCUUUGCAGACGGGUGAAAGACGAUGUGCGACUUCAUCAGGAGCUAUACUCUUUACUUUACGUCCCUCAUCCCUUUAUUAUUCCUGGCGGUCGCUUUCGUGAAUUUUAUUAUUGGGAUUCGUUCUGGAUUGUAAAAGGCUUACUUUUUUCGGAAAUGUAUGAAACUGCAAAAGGAAUUAUUCGUAAUUUGGCUUAUAUGGUUGAAAACCACGGUUUUGUGCCCAAUGGUGGUCGCGUAUAUUAUCUAAUCAGAUCACAGCCACCGCUACUAACCCCUAUGGUUUAUGAAUAUUUUUUGGCCACUGGCGAUCUGGACCUUGUUCAGGAGGUUCGCCACUUAUGUCUUUUGUGGGUGAAAGUAGCUCAGUGCGAAUACAUGCUUCGCAUGCAUCUAUUGCGCACAGUUUUUCGAGAAUUUGCCUAUAGCUGUGGGAGUUUGAAAGUUCUGAGGGCUAAGUCGUGUUGGUGUAGGUUGGUAGCUUGUCCGACAGUCUUUUUGGCCAGUUUCUAUAAGUCUUCCGUGGUAAUCCACUUAGUGGCCUGCAGAAUUUGA